GCCGACCGAGAUUGGCACCGUCUAGACAACAAGUUGAGGAAAAAUGUAGGGCUGAAUUUCUUCAAAGUCCUUGGACUUGCGUCUUUCCUUCCUUUUGCUCAAUUUCUUCUCGUCUUCCUGCGCAAUGGCGUCUUCAUCUUCAGCAUCCGUAGAGAUACCCUCGUCCAUUCUGAUCGUCGGAAGCGGUGCCUUUGGCCUCUCCACUGCUUGGGCACUAUCCCAGAACCCUCAAUACAAGGACACUUCGAUUACUGUUGUAGACCGGCAGCCUUUUCCUUCCCCGGAUUGCUCGAGUAACGACAUAUCCCGUAUCAUCCGCCCCGAUUACGCUGCAGCACCCUACACACGGCUCGCCACCAUCGCGCAAAAUCGUUGGCGCACCGACUUCGCACCAGAACACUACCACGAGGUUGGGCUCGCCGUGACCGCCUGGGGCCCUGAGCAGAAAUACGUCUCAUCCUCUCUCGCAAACGUCAACGCAAUUGGCGCCGACAAGACCGAAGUCUUGGACUCCGCCGAGAAGAUCAGGAGAGCAUGUGGCCUGGAAGGGAAAGACGAGUGGGGCAGUGGCAGCGUAGGAUACGUGAACUGGAGUUCAGGAUGGGCAAAUGCAGAAGGAGCCAUGUGCUGGUUUCGGGAAAGGGUAGAGAAGCUCAAAAGGGUGAACUUCGUGACUGGGUGUGUGAACAAGGUCAUCAUUGACCACAAGACGAACUCCGUGUCUGGCGUGCGGAUGAGCGAUGCAAGCGAGCUGAAGGCAGAUUUGACGAUACUGGCAGCAGGCGCAUGGACAGCCGCGCUCAUCGAUCUUCGCGGCAUAUGCAAAGCCACAGGCCAGGCAGUGUGUUACAUGCCCAUCUCCGCAGACGAAGAAGCAGCCCUUUCAAACCGACCCACACUCCUCAACCUCUCGCACGGCCUCUUCAUGAUACCGCCUUCAAACCGCCUCCUCAAAGUCGCGCGACACGGCCACGGCUACCUAAACCCCACCACGAUCCCCCACCCCGAAUCCGAAGACCCAAACGACACAAUCACGACCUCCCUCCCCUACACCUGCGUAGACGACCCCUCGCAAUCCGUGCCCCUCGAGGGCCAACGCGAUUGCCGCGCCUUCCUCACCGCCAUCCACCCUUCCCUCUCCGUGCCUUCGCGCCCCUUCACCCAAUCCAAGAUUUGCUGGUACACGGAUACGCGAAACGGCGACUUUCUCAUUUCCUACCACCCCACGUACAAGGGCUUGUUUGUCGCGACGGGCGGCUCGGGACACGGGUUCAAGUUCCUGCCUGUGAUUGGUGAGAGCAUCGUGCAGUGCAUUCAGGGGCGGACGCCCGAGGAGUUCAAGGAGAGGUGGGCGUGGCCGGCUGAGCGGGUGGCGGAGGAGUUGUGGAAGGGUGAUGGGAGUCGUGGGGGACCGAUUGGGUUGGUUCUUGGCGAGGAAACGGCGAAGAGUACAAGGAAGUUGUAGUAGUGUCAAUUGUUAGUAUUAACAACUUUAUGAUGACAUGGCAUGAUUUGCUUUCUUGUUGCUACGUGAAUUCAGCCUUGCUUUCUUUUCAUUUUACUUCAUUGGGAUAUUGUGUUCUUUCAAGAGGAGAUAUGCAUUAAUACUCCAUGCCUUAAAGUUCUCUGCCAAAAGAACACUUUUGUAUACGAAUUGCCUCCUUAGCUAGGUCAGUAGGCUUUUACGCUGUCGCAAAGUAUCUACCGUACGCCUUUGUAUAUAAAUACAAAAUAAUUAGCCCU